AUGUCGUUCGGAACGAUUUACACGCACAACCCCACCCCUCGGACAACCGCCAUCUUGGCCAUCGCAAAACUCCACGGUCUUCAGCUAGACGUGGUUUUUGCUGACAAACAAGACACAGAAAACUACGCCAAGCUUCUUGAAAUCAACCCCCUUGGCCAAGUGCCGACAUUCGUGGGCGCUGACGGCUUCGUGUUAACCGAGUGCAUUCCCAUUACCCUGUACCUCGCCUCUCAAAGCAAAACCACCACCCUCCUCGGCGCCACUCGCCACGACGAAUUCCUCAUCCUCAAAUGGAUGUCCCUCCUCAACUCCAACACGCUCCCCGCUGCCGCCGGGGUGAUUUUGCCACUUACCGGCGUCCCACUUGCCGUGCGCAAGAAUGUCCAAGACUGCCUGCGCGCAUUUUACAAGGAUUGUCGGCUCCUUGAGGACCACUUGAGUUCUUCCGACGCGACGUCUGCCGGGGCCGGUGCGAGGAAGUACUUUGUGGGGGAGCAGCUGACGGUGGCGGACUUGUUUGCCGCGGGGGUUGUUCAGUUUGUGGCGACGGUGUUUCACCGGGUGUUGAAGGCUGAGUAUCCUCGGCUGUGGGAGUGGUUUUGUCGGGUGUAUGAGACACCGGUGUUUAGGGAGGUAGCGGGAGAGUUGGUGUUGUUGGAUCUGCCAGUCCCUGAACUGGAGUAG